UGUAUUAAAUAUGUAUUUAAUAUGUGUAUCUUCAUGUUUACUGGAUGAAGUUGGACAUCGUUUUCUAAUAAAAAGUCUUUUUCUGUAAAUCUGAAACCAGAUUAUGUUUUUAUGAAUGUUUCAUGAACAUAAAGACUAAAUAUAGAGACUGAUUAGCUUAGCUUAGCAUAACGACUAGAAACAAGGGGGACUGCUAGCUUAGCUUAGCAUAAAGACUAGAAACAAGGGGGAACUGUUAGCUUAGCAUAAAGACUAGAAACAAGGGGGACUGCUAGCUUAGUUUAGCAUAAAGACUAGAAACAAGGGGGAACUGUUAGCUUAGUUGAGCAUAAAGACUAGAAACAAGGGGGAACUGUUAGCUUAGUUGAGCAUAAAGACUAGAAACAAGGGGGAACUGUUAGCUUAGCUUAGCAUACAGAUCAACACUAAUAUUAGUAGUUUUAUUAUUAUUAUCAUCACUAUUAUUAUUUUCAUGACUUAUUUCUAUUAUUGUUAUUAAUGUCAUAACUAUUAUCAUUAUUAUCAUUAGUCUGGUCCUGGUCUGGUUCUGGUCUUGUCCUGGUCUGGUUUUUGUCCUGGUUCUGUUCCUAGUCCUGGUCUGGCUCUGGUCCUGGUCUGGCUCUGGUCCUGGUCCUGGUCUGGCUCUGGUCCUGGUCUGGCUCUGGUCCUGGUCUGGCUCUGGUCCUGGUCCUGGUCUGGCUCUGGUCCUGGUCUGGCUCUGGUCCUGGUUGUUUCCUCAUUUCUGCUGCAGUUUCCUCGCUUCACCUCAGACAGCGUCAGCUGCAGCUGUCUGAGGAAGAGGAGGAGAUGAGAAAGAGGCGGGAUGAUGAAGAGAUGAGGAAGAGGAGGAGCUGAUGAAGAGGAGCGAAACACACAUCAGAGCCGUGGAUCUGGAGCAGCUUCCUGUGCAGCAGCCCCUCCUGCCCUCUUCCUCCCGCCCAACCUCCCUGACGCGUAUCGUUGCGGUCGGGCCGGCCCAGAUUAUCAGGAGCUGAGAAAACUUUUUGGAAAAGACAGCGAAGGGCCGAACCAACUCGAUUAGGAAGUGCUCCUCUCCCAAAUUGAGUUGGUUGGUUCCAUAAUGGACUGAACCAACUCUAUUAUUUGGGAGGGGUGAACUUCCUCGCAUGGUACAACCCAUGCAGAGGCUGCGGUGUCAGAAUACGCAUGAGUCUGGAGGAAGACGCCCGCUGGCUGGACUGGGUCACCAACCAGUUCCAGAGCAUCGCUGGAGACGACCAGGAGAUCGACCUGGAGGAGUUCAAGACGGCCCUGAAGGUCAAGGAUUCCUUCUUCGCCGAGCGUUUCUUCGCGCUGUUCGACUCUGACGGCAGCGGCUCCAUCAGCCUGGACGAGCUGCUGAAGGCUCUGGACCUCCUGAUCCACGGCAGCGAGACGGACAAGCUCAAGUUCCUGUUCCAGGUCUACGACGUGGACGGCAGCGGUUCCAUCGACCCCGACGAGCUGCGCACGGUCCUGAAGUCGUGUCUGCGUGAGAGCGCCAUCUCUCUGCCGGAGGAGAAGCUGGACGACUUGACGCUGGCGCUGUUCGAGUCGGCCGACAAGGACGGCAGCGGCUCCAUCACCUUCGAGGAGCUGAAGGCGGAGCUGGAGAACUUCCCCGAGGUGAUGGAGAACCUCACCAUCAGCGCUGCUAACUGGCUGAAGCCCCCUAAGGAGAAGCAGCAGAAGCAAGGUGCUCCUCGUUACCUGACGAGAGCGUACUGGCUGAACAACAGCAGGAAGCUGCUCUUCCUCGUCCUCUACACCUUCCUCAGUCUGCUCCUCUUCAUCACGGCCAUGAUGCAGCACCGGCCUGGGGGGGGCUGGUUCAUGGUGGCCAAGGGCUGUGGCCAGUGCCUCAACUUCAACUGCACCUUCAUCAUAGUGCUGAUGCUGCGUCGCUUCCUCACCUGGCUGCGGGCCACCUGGGUGGUGCGGGUCUUGCCUCUGGACCAGAACAUCCUGCUGCACCAGAUCGUGGGCUACGCCAUCCUCUGCUACACGCUGGUCCACACCACGGCACACGUCUUCAACUUCGUGCAGCUGUCUCAGACGGGGGACUACCGGCUGUGGGAGUACCUGCUGACCACCCGGCCCGGCAUCGGCUGGGUGGGGGGGACGGCGUCUCUCACCGGGGUCGUGCUGCAGCUGGUGAUCUGCCUCAUGGUCCUCUGCUCCAGCACCUUCGUACGGCGCAGCGGGCACUUUGAGGUGUUCUACUGGUCUCACCUGUCCUACAUGUGGGUCUGGUCUCUGCUGAUUGUCCACUGUGCAAACUUCUGGAAGUGGUUUGUGGUUCCUGGUCUGCUCUUCAUUCUGGAGAAGGUUGUGGGACUCGCCGUGGCUCGUAUGGGAGGUCUUUACAUCGUAGAGGUCAACCUGCUGCCCUCCAAGGUGACUCACCUGGUGAUCAGACGUCCUCAGUUCUUCCACUUCAAGCCUGGAGAUUAUGUUUACAUCAACAUCCCGACCAUCGCCAAGUACGAGUGGCACCCCUUCACCGUCAGCAGCGCGCCAGAGCAGUCAGAGAGUCUGUGGCUCCACAUCCGCUCCAUGGGUCAGUGGACCAACCGUCUGUACGAGUACUUCAGACAACCUGAGAGCCCAGACCUGAACCCCAAGAGCCUGGAGGCCAGUCUGAGGACCCGGAGACAGAGGAGGACGACCCAGGAGGUCUUAUUCAGCUCAACAAACGGGACCGUGGCCUCCAAUGAGGACGACGCCGUCGAGCUGAUGAUGUAUCGUCAGAACGGAUCCUGGUCCGACGUCGUGCCGGUCCAGGUCCAGGUCCAGGUCUCGGACCCGGACCCGGUAUCGGACCAGGACCCCCCGACGUCUGGAUCCCAGGGCCCGGCAGAGCCCCUUGCAGACAGGCUGGAGCCGGCAGAGCGAGGAGAGGCUCCUCCCCUCAGAGAGGCUCCUCCCCUGAUAGAGGCUCCUCCCCUCAGAGAGGUUCCUGCCAAGUUCACUGAGAACCACAGAUUCUGUGACAUCAAGUGUUACAUAGACGGACCAUAUGGGACCCCGACCAGACAGAUCUUCACCUCGGAGCACGCGGUCCUGAUCGGGGCCGGGAUCGGGAUCACGCCGUUCGCCUCCAUCCUGCAGAGCAUCAUGUACCGGUACCGCAUGAGGAAGCAGAACUGCCCCAGCUGUAACUACUCCUGGUGCGAGAACAUCAAACACAGCGAGAUGAAGCUGCGUAAGGUGGACUUCAUCUGGAUCAACAGAGACCAGAAGUCCUUUGAGUGGUUUGUGAGCCUUCUAACAAAACUGGAGAUGGACCAGGCGGACGAGGAGCCCGAAGGCCGCUUCCUGGAGAUGCACAUGUACAUGACGUCAGCGCUCAGCAAGAACGACAUGAAGGCCAUCGGCCUGCAGAUGGCGCUGGACCUGCUGGCCAAGAAGGAGAAGAAGGACUCCAUCACCGGACUGAGGACCAGAACCCAACCGGGACGCCCCGAGUGGGCCAAGGUGUUCCAGAAGAUGUCGGAGGAGAACAAAGGGAAAGUCCACGUGUUCUACUGCGGCUCCACGGCGCUGGCCAAGGUCAUCAAGGCCCAGUGUGAGGCCUUCAGCUUCAACUUCUACAAGGAGAACUUCUGAGGGUGUGUGUGUGCGUGUGCGUGUGUAUGUCUGUGGAUGUGAGUCUGUGUGUGUGUGUGUGUAUGUAUGUCUGUGUGUGUUUGUAACUGUGUCUGUGUGUGCCUGUGUGAGUGAGUGUGUGUGUAUGUAUGUGUGUGAUUAUGUCUGUGUGUGU